GACAUUCAGCGAGUUUGGCACAGUUCAGUCGCUGCCUUUGCUUUGGAAAAAGCACACACGAAAAAUAAAAAAUAUUUUUGAAAUAAAAUGCAGUUGAAAUUCAGUAUUUUCGGCUCAUUUGCAGUAUUGCUGCUCUGUAUUGGCAAUGGAUCACUGGCGGAUGCUUGGGUGGCACGCGGCAAUUACUAUAAUGCUGCGCAUCCCGGCAAGUGCGUAAUCAGCGACACAAUCAUCAUCUCACCCGGAGAGUCGGUGAAGUCUCCUACAUCGUGUUCGCAAAUUCAUUGUGCCAAUGAGAAAGGUGAUGCCAGGAUUGUUGGUUGUGGCGCUAUUCUACCACCGGAUGGUUGCAAAUGGGGCGAACAUGUAAAUAGGAAUGCACCAUUUAAGGAGUGUUGUGCUCGCCAUUUGAUAUGCGAAGGUGGUUUGACCAAAGAAAUGGAAUUGUACCAACAAAAUACUUGGGAAAUGUUUUCGCCUAACUUUAAGAAUUCUUUGUAAACAACAAGAAGAUUAGAAGCUCAACAAUUUUGGUGCGACGGA